GCGAGCUCACGGUUCAGUUGAGCAACUGAUGAGAGCGUGGAAAGGUCCCAACCAAGCUUAGAAAUAAGAAGAAAACAAACUCAAAUGGAUUCCCGUGGAAUUAAGCGCUUGUUGUUUUCCUAUGUAUUAAUUAACGGUAUAUUUAUUACACUGCAAACUAAAGAAGAGGUGCUGUUGGAUAUGAGGGCAUCGGGGAGUGAGCUAGGCUGGCUGACCUGGCCCUAUGAACAAGGAUCCAAGCAAGGGUGGGAGGUGGUCCAGAGGAGUCUGAAUGGCUCCCAGUUGUACACCUACUCUGUGUGUAAUGUGGGUGAGCAUGAGCAGGACAACUGGCUGCGCACCACCUUCAUCCAGCGCCGCCCGUCAGCCUCUCGCGUCUUCGUGGAGCUGCAGUUCAUUGUGCGUGACUGCAACUCAUUCGACGGCUCGUCACUCACCUGCAAGGAGACCUUCAACCUGUUCUCCUCUGAGUCGGACGCCGACAUCGGCACCAGCUUCCGCAAGGGCCAGUUCAAGAAGGUGGCCACCAUCGCGCCGGAUGAGAUCACCAGCCGCAACGAGCUGCGCAUCAACACAGAGACGCGGGUGGUGGAGAGCCUCAGCAGGAAAGGCUUCUACCUGGCCUUCCAGGACAUUGGGGCCUGCAUGGCACUGCUCUCUGUCAGGGUCUACUACAAGACCUGCCCGGCCACCAUCAAGAGCCUCGCAGCCUUCCCUGAGACCGUGGCAGGUGGAGGGGUGAACCAGGCCCUGAGGGAAGUAGCGGGGGCCUGCGUGGAGAACGCGGUGAGUGAGGAGUCGCCCCGCAUCUACUGCACGAUGGACGGAGAGUGGGUGGUGCCUGUUGGACAGUGCCAAUGCAUGCCCGGCUACGAGGCCGUCAACGACACAUGUCGAGAUUGUCAGCCAGGCUUCUUCAAAGCGUUUGUCUCCAACGACGCAUGUGAGCUUUGUCCUGUUAACACCAAGCUGCUAAGCUCCGGGGCACUGUUCUGUCCAUGUGCAGAAGACUUCUAUCGUGCUCCCGAUGACCCAACUACAGGGCCCUGCUCAGGCCUGCCCUCAGCACCGCGCGAACUGGUCGCCACGACCACCCAGCUGGCGGCAGGCAAGCUGCAGCUGUCAUGGAGUCCGCCGGAGGACACGGGCGGCCGCAGUGACAUCAGCUACAGCGUGGAGUGCCAGCGCUGCGAGGGCACCGCGUGCCAGCCAUGCGGAGAGAAGGUGCGCCUUGAGCCGGCCAGCUCAGGCCUGAUGGACACCAGGGUGGCAGUGAGCGAACUGGAGCCCCACCUCAACUACACGUUCACCGUUGAGGCCCACAGCGGAGUAUCGCUGUUCGCCAGCCAGGGGACGCCACGCUCCAACAGGCCCCCAUCCACCAGCACAUUGACCACUGCCCUGCACUACACAGACCCCCCCAAGUUGACGUCCAUGCGUCUGGACGAGCGGAGCCUCACCAGCCUUUCCCUGUCCUGGGCUGUAGCUCCCCGCAGGCCCGUGCCCCAGCCCACCCGCUACAAACUCACUUACCGCAAGAAGGAUGACAAUCUGGAUGUGACUACGUACACUGUUCUGAUUCUGGAGAAGAGCUCUGUGCAGAUCAGUGACUUGUCCCCAGGCACAGCCUACCUAUUCAGGGUACAGGCCCUGAGCCCCGAGGGCAGCCCUGGAGGAUCCAGCAUAGAGGAUGAAUUUGAAACCCUGACUGAAGUGCCACUGUCCCAGAGCAACACAGGGGUCAUAUUCGGAGCAGCAGUUGGCGGAGCGGCCAUGUUGAUGAUUGUGGUGGUCGUCCUGCUCAUACGCAAACGGAGAAGGCGAUCUCAUACAAGACAAGGACCAGAGGAUACUUACUUCUCUAGCUCAGAGCAACUGAAGCCGCUGAAGACCUAUGUAGAUCCGCACACGUACGAGGACCCCAACAUGGCCAUCCUCAAGUUUGCCAGCGAGAUCCAUCCCAGCCAUGUGACCAAGCAGAAAGUCAUUGGAGCAGGGGAGUUUGGAGAGGUGUACCGUGGUAUUCUGAAAGCGCCAGGGCGGAAGGAGGGGGCGGUGGCCAUUAAGACGCUGAAGCCGGGCUACUCAGAGAAGCAGAGGCAGGACUUUCUGUCAGAAGCGAGCAUCAUGGGACAGUUCUCCCACCAGAACAUCAUUCGCCUGGAGGGAGUCGUCACCAAAUUCAAGCAUGCCAUGAUUGUGACUGAGUAUAUGGAGAAUGGCGCACUGGACAAGUACCUAAAGGAUCGUGAUGGCGAGAUGCCCUCCUUCCAGCUGGUGGGCAUGAUGCAUGGCAUUGCCGCUGGCAUGAAGUACCUGUCUGACAUGAGCUACGUUCACCGGGACCUGGCUGCCCGCAACAUCCUGGUCAACAACAACCUGGAGUGUAAGGUGUCUGACUUCGGCCUGUCCCGAGUGCUGGAGGACGACCCUGAGGGCACCUACACCACCAGCGGUGGUAAGAUCCCCAUCCGCUGGACAGCCCCAGAGGCCAUUGCCUACAGAAAAUUCACCUCGGCUAGCGACGUGUGGAGCUUCGGGAUCGUCAUGUGGGAAGUCAUGGCCUUUGGCGAGCGCCCCUACUGGGACAUGAGCAACUGCGAGGUGAUGAAGGCCAUCAACGAGGCAUUCAGGCUGCCAGCACCCAUGGACUGCCCAUCAGCUGUCUACCAGCUCAUGCUGCAGUGCUGGCUGCAGGACCGCUCCAAGAGGCCCCGUUUCCCGGACAUCGUCAGCCUGCUGGACAAGCUGCUCAGGAGCCCCGAGUCCUUGAAGGCUAUCGCAGACUUCGACCCCCGCGUAUCCAUCCGCCUGCCCAGCACAAGUGGUUCGGACGGCUUACCCUUCAGGUCGGUGUCAGAGUGGCUGGAGUCCAUCAAGAUGAGCCAGUACAGUGAGAACUUCACCUGCGCUGGAGUGGUCACCAUGGACCAGGUGCUGCAGAUGAAGAAUGUGGAUAUCAAGAACAUUGGCGUAAGACUGCCCGGCCACCUGAAGAGAAUUGCAUACAGCAUCCUGGGCUUGAAAGACCAGACCAGCACCCUGAGUGUAUUUGCAGUGUGACCCAAUGCUAUUGGUGCAGGAAUUUGAGUUGGGCAGCACUCUGACUGAACUUUGAACUCUUGUGUUGGACUGGAGCGGAGCUGCGGGGACGGCUUUGGACGGACAAACAGAAAACUUCUUAGGGGCAUGGUCUAGCCGAAAGAGACUGACAAUACUGUGCAAUCUUGUUAAGCGUAUCUAAAAAAUAAAAAAAAGGAAUGGAGUAUUUUUACAACAAUAGAUGUAUUGAUUAGACUGUGUAUAUUAUAUACUGUAUAUAUGUUAUUAUCCAUGUCAGUUGUAUAGAUACAGUUCAAUCCCCAAUCUUUGUUAAUAUUUUGUUUGCAUGCUUCCCCUCUCUCCCCUGAAACUAAUCAAGUGAUAAAAGUCUUGGAAUAGCUUGUACCGAGGUUGUCUCUUGUUUCCAAAGCAACUAAUAUUGAGAAGAUAAAAUUAAGAAGUCACAAAACCACUUACACCAAAGCAAUUAUUUGUGUGAAAUGGACUGCUGUGGCCUUUUGGGUAUGAGUUUGGCGGUGUUGGUGCCAGUGAAAUGCAUUGUGGUCCAUGUAAUCUCUUGCUAAAUUAAUGAGAAUGGACUCGAAGCAGAGAGUGGACCUGAAUGGGCCUGGGCAGGACGUAUGUUAACCUGAUGGUGCAUUUGUGUAUGCCACAGUCUUGAGGUUAUUGUCUUAGUCCAGUUUGUGAUGUUGGCUACUGUUGUGCCUUAUCUGGGCUUGAUUUAGAUGUUAAGCUAUCAUAUGAAUUUGAGUUUAUAUGACUAUAACGUGAAAAGAUAUGAGGUACUCCUCAUGUUCAGUUUAACUGGCCGCAAACGCUUGUGUUAAUUGAUUGGGAUCAAGAACAUCACUUACAUUGAAGCACUUAAAUAAGUAACAAUUGGGAUGAGUUGUCUCAUCUAAAACAUCUUUCUUCUUGCCGGGGCGGCAGGGUAGCCUAGUGGUUAGAGCGUUGGACUAGUAACCGAAAGGUUGCAAUUUCAAACCCCCGAGCCGACAAGGUAACCCACUGUUCCGAGGCCGUCAUUGAAAAUAAGAAUUUGUUCUUAACUGACUUGCCUAGUUAAAUAAAAGAAAAAGAAAAAUUAUUAUUAUCAUCAUGCCAUAGGGAAAUCAUUGAAAUAAAAUGAGGCAGCUGAAAGAAUUUGUUUAUAUUUGGGUCGUUCCACGAAAUUAGUUAUUUUUUUGUCACUUUGAUAUUUUAAGUAGACAUUGUGCACAAAUAAUAAACAUGUUAUAUUUAAUAUAGACCACGUAGAAAAUACAACAAAUCUGAUUUUUUUUAUGUGAAUGAAUACUUGCUAAAGUGCCAAAAUGCAUCAUUUUGACAUGUCCCUCAGUUUAUCCUCUUUGACUCCCUAGGAAGAUUUUAACCCGCUUAACCCCAACAUUUGUCCAAAUGAUCACCAUCAUUGUAAGCCCUAGUUAUUUUGUGGCUUUGACAGUCAUUUCUCAAGAUUAUUAUUUAUUUAAUGUCAGUGAUUUCUUUUACUUUUUUCUUCUUUUUUUAAACACCUGUCCCUUAUUUUAUGUUUAACCCUGUUAUGUGAAAUGAACUCUCGUUUUAAUAUGUUGAAACUAUUCCAUGUUGGAAAAAAAUAGUUUCAAAAGAGACAUUGAACAUUUUAAUAGUAAAAUCUGAAAGCAGGUGAGCUAGUUCUACUCAUUUUGGCCGUUUUGUGUUGGAAAACUGAGUGGGUCGAGUAUAAUAUGUCAACCCUGUUACCCAUGGAUAGACAGGCUAGAAAUCUUUGAACAAUUUCAUUGUUUGUGAAAUUGCCACUGCUGCACACAAGCUUCCAUUCCCUCUGUCACAAGGGGAUUUAUGGCUGCUUUAAGGUUAAGUUGUCAACCCUGUUACUUUAUUUGGCACUUAAUAAGCAGUUAAUAUAGUCAUUUUUUAAAUUUAACUUCUGAGAUGGGGAUUUAAAAAAAAAAUAUAUUUAUAAUUUGAACAUGUGCUCUUUAUGACAAAAUAUGUGAAAUAAAACAUUUAUUUUCACCAAGUUACGCUACUCAAAAGGUACCUAUUUGGUGGAACGACCCAUUUAAUGAUGGAUUUAAAUUUGAAAGGUAUUGUGUCAAGCUUUAUCAAGUGCCCAACAUGUUUGAAUUAAAUCGAUGAUUUAGGAUUAGAAAUGCUUGUUGCGAUGAUUUCAGAUAAGGUAAAGUGUAGUUUGAUAUGCAAUUUCAAUGUGACAGUAAAAGUAUUUUUUUUUUAAAUCACAACUUAGAUUUACCAUUCUUUUCUUGUUCUAAUUGCUUUAUUCUUAUUUGGUGUUUAGUAACAAGUGUUUUAUGGGCUGAAACAAUUUGCUUUGAGAAUGCAGAUAAUAAUAUCAUUGUAUUAUUGUUCCUCUCAAUGCAUUUCAUUGAUAAAGUGCUUGCUUCUGGUAAUGCCAAGAAAGUAUCAGUUUUCUUCAGUCUUAAUUGACCAGCUCAUCCAUUUCCAAUAGUUUUCCCAGAUCAUUUUGUGCUCUUGCCAACACACCAAACAAUAGAGUUGGCAAGAGCACAAACAGAUCUGGUACCAGCCUAUAUCCAAAAGACUGUGUGCAUCAUUUAUCCCAAUGCUCUAAAAAGAUGACGGUUUGUUAGUGACUCUCUUCACUACUUGACUUUUUGCUUUAACUUUUUUGGAUCGUCUUAUUUCACAUCUUAUGCUCCUUGUUUCAUUUAUGAAUAUAGAAGUCUAUAGUACUUUUUUUAUUAGUUUACUAGAUUUUCAUUUGGAAAAUUGAUUUUCUAGGGGGGGAGGGGUUUAUUGCCUUUUGUAUAAUUGGACUUUGUAAGCAUAUUUUUCUGCUUUUUAUAGGAAAAUUACAAAUGUUAUGUUCAAUUUAGGUAACUUUCAUCAAAGUUACAUCACUCUUAUUGUUGCGGUCUUACAGACAAAUGAACCAUUUCUUGAUUUCAAAAGUAAACUUUGUUUUAUACUUUAUUUAAUAGUCUAUUUAUUUUUUACUUUUAUUUAUUGUUCAUAAUUACACUGAGCUGGGAUUUAUUCAUAAUUGAAGGUUGUCUUGUCACAAACUAUUCGUUGCCCUUCAUUCAUAUUUGAUUUCAUUCGUUGCCGUUGACCAAUGAUUGACGCGCCAAAAAAACACCACUUACAAUAAAGCCUGAAAUUUGA